GUCGGUUUAGGCCGCGAAGGCUCACCCGAAAAACGUCGUCGUCACGCCCAGUUAGGAGUCACAUCUUCGUCAAACAAAGUAAAGUCUGCUUCCAGUUUUAGCUUCUACUUAAGGCAACCGAAAGAAAAGCAAACUCCCAGAGACUAUACAUCUCUCCACCGCCAUCGUCAUUAAUCUGACCUCGCAAGAAUCCGCCACAAGCUCCGCCGACAAUGGCGUAUCCGCUGCGUCUCCUCCUACUCCCACUAUUCCUUUCCUGCAUUGUUUUGUUGAGCCACCAGGUCAAAUGCGAUGGAGUAGAUGAAGAAGAUAGUCUUCUUCAAGGCAUCAACAGCUAUAGGACUGCCACCUUGAACCUAACGACCCUUACAAAGAAUGCCAACGCAGAGUGCCUUGCUGAUGAGAUAGCUGAGCAAUUCAAAAAUCAACCCUGUACAAACACCACAGGCUCCAACACAGUACCAGGCACUGAACCUAAUUUCUCCGACUACCCAAAACUUUUAGCCAAAUGCCAUCUGAAUGUCUCUAACACAAGAGAUGGGGUCGUAAUGCCUGCUUGCGUUCCCAGCCUCGUUCCUAGUCUGGUCCUUACCAACUUCACAAAGACUCAGUACUCUAAUAAUCUUAACGACACCAAGUUUACCGGAAUUGGAAUUGGCUCUGAAGAUAACUGGAUUGUUGUUGUUCUGACCACCAGCACACCAGAAGGAAGCUUUGUGACUGCACAAAGUUCACCAGAUGCACAAGAUUCCGCCGGUUCUGCUUCCAAGAUCAGUUUGGUUCCCUACUUGCUAUUUCUACUAAUGGGUUUUAUCUUUCAUUUGUAAACCAAGCGGAUCUCCGUACACUUCAUAUUUCCUUGGCAAUUGCUGCAUGUACGGAGAAACCUCAGUUGAAGAAUGCUGCUAUAAGACAAGUUUUCUGCAUUUUCGACGUAGGAGAUGCAUGAAUUUCCAAUGAGAGCGAAAUAUUACUUCCAUAACUUGAUGUGUCUUGUAACUAAUACUAGAUUGUUGAACAUGUGUAUCAUCGAUUCAUCGUUGUUAUUGAGCUUUUAAUUUUUUGAAAAGUUUUGUGAUUGAAUGCAUGAACUGUGCUCAUUUUCUGCAUUGUAAUCGGUAUUUAAAUAAAAUUUACAUUAUAUUAUA